AUGUGUCAACUCGUUCCGACAUGUAACGGUCUACUUCGUACAGCCGUUAAUGCUUACGUUCCUACAACUCCUGAAGACGCUGAAGACAAGAGAAAGCCUGAAUUCGAGGACGGCGCUCCGCAUAAACCAGUCGCUCUUGAGGAAGUUGAUCUAUCCACAUGGGUUAUUCCAGAGUCUACUGGCCAAUCUCACUGGUCAGACGCUUCUAUGCAGGUUGAGCAACAUUUGAAAUAUGAAGUGAACCUCUUCUCGCCUAUACACGUUAUGCGUCAAUCUCCCGAGCGAGAAGCACUUCCACCAGUUCCACCAAAGAUUCUCAAGAGCAAGAGCUUUUUCAAGGAGAUCAAAUAG